AAACACUAGUCCCGUAUCAGAGAGCAAAAGGACCAUCGAAUUUGAAGACUAUCAGAUACAUGACAUUUGUCUACAACAAGACCGGGGCAGCAGCCAGAUCCAUGGACUGCGCAGCCAAGAAAGUUCAACUGCUCCUCUUCAUGGCGCUGCUGGCGCACCUGGCGCUGGAUGCAGAGGGCGUGGCCACCUGCUGCUCGAGUGCGUCGAGGUCCUGCAAAUUAUAUGAGAUUCUGUGCCGGGCAGGACGCCGAAAUGACACUUCCGUCGCCAGACACAUCGGCCGCUUUAAUAACGACGCUGCCGUCGGAAUUCUAACACUUGGCAAACGUAAAGUGGGCGAAAGACGUGUCCAAGAACGCCUGCAACAACUCCUGCACGGCUCACGGAACCAAGCUGCGGGAAUCCUGACUAUGGGAAAGAGAUUCGACGAGGGCGGGCACCUGCCGCUCGUGCUCGCGGAAGGGACUGUGAGCGCGCCCUUCAGACUCGGACCGGAGCGUCCGCUGAAAUAUGUGAUGCCCAGGGUACCAGAAGAUUUGGACGCUUAUGAAAAACGAUGACACUUGUCGCUUUUGAAAACCAUAGUAGAGCUGUUCAUUGGUGACGUUAACACAGAAGGCGAAUUCUAAUGGGAUUUUAAAAUAACAUUUUUGAUUAGAGUAAAAAAUAAGGUUUGCCUGAAGAGACAUACGGGUUUUUUUUUUCUAACGUAAGUCACAUACAGUGCAGUCAACCUCAAAUGUUAUUUUUUAAUGUCUAUAUAACAUAAAUUGUACGUAAUUUUACGCAAGUAAAUGUUCAUUUUAAAAAUCCAUUAAAACUCCUGAGGUAAAUGAAAAAUCAUUUCUUUUGCAUAGUAAACAGCUAUAUUACCUGUCUCAUUGGGCUUCGCGUCAUUGAAUAAUAAAACACACUACUAAAUUUAAUAGAUGUUAAUGAUGCGCAUUUUAUUAAAGUCACCAGGGCAGAAAUGUGUCUUGUUUUAUAAAGAUGAGUUGUUUAGAUUUUAGUCGUGUAGUAUGUUUUGUGAUCACCAGAUG